GGUGUGACAUCAUAUGGAAUGCGUGUAUAACUACAGGGUGCCUUUGCGGGGGAAUAUGUUUUUGUUCAUGAUGCAUGAAAUGUCUCUGUGUUAUUGUUUCAUAAAUGAAAAUGCAAAAGCACUUUCGAUUAAAAUAGCAAUAUUUCACCGAACAACCUACAAUAUUUGUUACAAAACAAAAUCUACACAUUUCCAUACUGAUAAUAUAGUGCGCAGUUCUGCACUUCAUCGUGUGUAAUGGAGAACGAUGGCGAAAUAGAUGUGCUUCAAACCGUCAAGGAGCUUCGUUCGGCUCAAUCAGAUAUUCGUCAGCAGAUUCCUCUUUUGAUAAAAAUCGGCGAAGUUUACUUGAGAAGAGCGAGUACAGACGAUGGAACUGAUUUCACGAAAGCAAACGCCUUAUUCAAUGCAGCUCGAGUUCGUGCUAUCAAAGUCAAUGAUACAGAAAGCGAGGAAAAGUCUUUACGAUUGAUUGUAAAGGCUUAUCGUCAAUUUAUGGCGGCAUUUGCCAGUCGUAAGAAUGAGAUGAGUUGUGAGGAAGUACGUAGAGAAAUCGAUACUCAUAAGAAAUUUCUUGCGGACGAAAGGAAAGCGUUUGAAAAGAAUGUUGAAGAGAUCGAUGCUUGCUUUGAGAGAAAUCAUGAAAAUCCAGCAAUCUCGCAGGAAAACUACAAACAACACGCUAAAAGAAUGCAGCAAGUUUUCGAAGACAUUCAAGACAUGUACGUACGACUUAUGUCCGCGUUGGUGCUAGAAUGUGAAAACCAUCUUGGUCGACCACCAUGUGACUAUACCGUUAUGGCCUUGGGCUCGGUCGCUCGCAUCGAGGCAACACCUUAUUCGGACUUGGAGUUUGCAAUAUUGCAUGCUGGGUCAUUUGAAGAUAUCCAUUACUUCCGAGUGCUGUGUUAUCUUCUUCAAAUGAAAGUGAUCAACCUCGGAGAAACCAUUCUUCCAUCUUUAGCAAUCGAGGAGCUCAAUAAUUUUCAAUCGAAAAAACCGAGCGAUAAUUGGUUCUACGAUUCAGCAACUCCACGUGGUAUAUCGUUUGAUGGCGCCAUGCCGUGGGCCUCAAAGACGCCCUUGGGGCGACUGGCAACGGAGAGCAAACCAGCUUUAGAGUUGAUAAAAACACCUAAAGAAAUGGCCGAAUUGCAAAACGAGAUGAUUGCCAUUAAGGAAGGAUAUCAUCUAGCUGAUAUCUUGUCGAGGUGUUCUUGUCUCUAUGGCAACAAAGCUUUACUGGAAGAGUACAAUGAAAGAAUAGCACAGAAACUUAACGAGAGGUCUUCGCUGAACGAAAACGAUAAGUUUGUCAAGACAGUCGGUUUUGAACGUGGUUCAAAGCAACUGAUGCUGGAUAUAGACGCUUUCGAUCCUUCGCUGACGUAUCUUCAUAGUCGUUGCACUGUGGGGGCACUGUUUGAUACCAAGAAACAGUUUUAUCGCCUUCCAACGUUGCUAGUUUCAAAUUUAGCGAUGAUUUUCGACAUACGUUGUCCAUCACCUUGGUACAUUGCGGAAGAGUUGUGUACACGUGGGAUCAUCGGAGUAUCAGAAAUGAACAAUUUGAAAAUAUGCAUAUCCAUUGCCAAUGAAAUACGCUUGAAAACGUACCACGCUAACCGUGGUCAGAAAGAGCUAUUAUCCACAAUUCCACAGUAUGGUCACCCUGAUCCAUCCAUGUCUCCUCCUGUGUUUCGGUAUUUCAACGAGGAGAUUGUUGUCCGUUUGCUUGCUGCAAGCAGCGAGUUGCACCGCUGUUGUCGAACGUUUAGCUUCAAGAUCAAGUACGAAAAAAAAGUCGACGUAAGUUUGUUGAAACAUGAAGUACCGAGUAAAAACGAAGGUGCGACGAUUGGUACUCUGUACUAUCGAAUGCAGAGUUUCGAGAAGGCGUUAAAAUGGAUGAAAUCUGUACCCACAGACAGUCCAUCUUAUGCAGUAGCGCUCAACGGCCAAGGUAUUAUCUACAGUAAAUGUGGAGAUGUCGGCAAAAGCGUCGAAUGCUUUGAAAGCGCUUUGCAAGUGCAUGCCCAGAAAGAAGGGAUAUCCCGUUUGAACGCGGUCUCGUGUUUGCAAAAUCUAGCAAUGGCAUUACUCAGAGCGGGGCGAUAUAAAGCUUCCCAACUGAAAAUGGACGAAGCUAUUGCAAAGUACAAUGAAAUUCACGGCUUGGACAACCCGUCAAUUACCCGAUGUCUUUUGCUUCUUAAUGUCGCAAUUAUUCAACAGAAUCUUGGCAACAUGCAAUCAGCUGUGUUGACAUUAAGAGAAGUGAAAACGUACCACAAGAUUAUGAAAAUGGAGAGCGUUGCCAUUCCAGACAGCGAUGUCGUGGCGUGCAACUUUGCAAUGGCGGAUUGUCUCAGUGAAUUGGACAAACACAGCGAAGCAAUGGAAUAUGUGAACAAAGCUCUGAAACGGAGCAACAAAUUGUUCGGAGAGGCGGAUCUCAGUGUUGAGCUGGCGGAGAACUUCGUCAAUGCUGGAAGCAUUUACGAGCACUGUGGAAAGAACGAUGAAGCUCUAGCGAAUUACUAUCGAAGUCUUGAGAUACUGAGUAAAAUUUUCGGUGACCAACCGCACCCAGGUAAGAUAACCUGCCUGAACAAUAUUGGCAACUUUUAUUCACGAAGAUAUCAAACAGAGCGUGCAAUUCCAUAUUUGAAGAGAGCUUUAGACCAGGCACGCGCUCUAUACUGUGACAAGCCGCACGAGACCAUUGCUUUGACACUCAACAAUCUUGGCGUGGCGCUAAAAAAAGCCGAGAAAUUCCAAGAAUCGCUUCCAUAUUUUCAAGAAGCCAGAGAAAUGAUGAACACGAUUCUAGGAACAAACCACGUGCAUCAUACAACUUCUGACAUUCUAAACAAUCUCGGUACCAUCUAUCAAGAUCUCGAGCAGCCAAAGGAUGCACUUCAAUGUUAUAAGAAAGUCUAUGCAAUGAAUUGCGAGAUAUACGGCGAAGAUUAUGCAAGUGAUGCCAUGGCAACAGUUUGCUCUAACAUAGCUUGCGUCUAUGAGGAGCUGGAUGACAUCCACAAAGCAAAAGAGUUCUACACUAGAGCAGUUGACAUUGAUGGUAAAUUAUCAUCCACUAAGAAUCCGAGUCCAGGACUGGUGUCCAGUCUGUAUGGUCUCAGCCGCGCUUGCGAAUCUUUGGGUGAGGCACAAGAUUCCCUACGGCAUUUGGAAAAGGCGAGGGAUAUCUCAAAAGCCGCUAACUCUAGGAGCAUUAUGGAAGCAGUAGUCUUGGUGGAAUUGAAAAAGAAAUACGAGCAGAUGGGUUUACACGAACAGGCAAAGAUAUGCUUGCAAGAGGCCAAAGAAGUUGGCAAAUGUUUAGCGAAAAAUGAUCCGCUUUCACCUCAAUCAUUGAACUUCUAGAAAUAAUUAACAUCGAUUAAAAUAACGAUUGUCAAAAUUCUACAAGUUUUUUAACGUAGUGAAACUCGAUUUACCCUUUAGUAUAUGAUCUUAAUAAAGAAUGACUAUAUGUAAACAUUAGUUUAUUUUGCUCUAGUGGAAUUAGAAACUUUGGAAAUG